AUGUCACAAAAUGCAAUAUUAAAAUGGAUUGGGUAUUUAGUGAAUGUACCAGAAGGCACAACAUUAAAAGAUUUAAGUGAUGGUAGAAUUUUAACAAAUUUGCUUAAUAAAUUGAAUCCUGAAGCCUACCCAUAAAAAGUUUAAUCAUCUCCUUAAAAAAAUUUCCAAAUGGAUAUGUUAUGUGUUACAAAUUUAGUUUAAAAUUUGAAAUAAUCAAUUCCAAAUUUCCCUGAAAUAAAUAGUUUAUUAAUUGCUAAACAUUAAGAUAUGACAGAAAUCAUAAAAUUAAUUUCAAUCAUAAUAAAAGUACAUAUGUAAUUAAAUAUGAUAGAUUAUGAUUGAAUCUCAAUUAGCAUAAGAAGCAAUACUUAAAUUAAAUGAAGAAUAGGUGCAGAAUAUUUUAUAAUUUAUGAAUCAAUAUUAAGAAGAAGAAGUUGGUCAUCAUUUAUCAUCAGAUCGAAAAUUACUUGAUAAGAUUGAUGAAUUAGAGGAUGAAAAUUAACAAUUAAAAUAAUUAUUAGAAUAAUAGGAUAAGCAAUAAGCUUAACACUAUAAUAAAAUUAAAUAAUAGGAAUAAUUAUUAAAUUAAAAAGAGAAUGAAUUAACUGAGAUAAAACUAUGUAUUAUUAUUAUAUUCAUAAUAUUUAGAAUUGUAAAAAAACAUUCAUAUUGAAGAGAAUAUAUCUGGAACAUUAAUAGAGAAAUUAAAAUCACAAUUAACAACGAUCAAUAAAGAAAAAAAAGAUAUAUUAGAAUAAAAUGAAAUGUAUUUAUAUAGUAUAAUAUUUAUUUAGGUUCUAAACUAAAUUAUAAAAUUAUUCAACUUUGGAAAAUAUUAAUCAAUAAUUAUAAUAAGAAUUGGCUUAAAGAUGUAAAUAGGAUAAAGUAAUAGAGGAAUUAAAAACAAAUAUUGAGAUUAUAAAAUAAUAAAUGGAUUUGAAAGAUUAAAAGAUUAGCAAGUUAUAAGAUUAAAUAAAAUAAACAGCAUAAAAUUAAUAAAAAGAAUGUAGUAAGGUGGUAGAAUUGGAAAUGUAGAAUGAAUAGUUAAAAUAGGAAAUAGAAGAUAAUUAGAGGAGUAAAAACAAAGAAAUACAUUAAUUACAUUAAUAAAUAAAUGAAUUAAAAAUAUAAGUAGAUACAAUGUAGACAGAAAGAUAAGAAACUUAAAGAUCAUCAGUUCAUUAUCAAUAGAGUCCUAGAUGUUUAGAUUCUGAAUUUAAAUCUAUAUUAAAUGAUAAUAUAGGUGGAUAUUAUUCAGAAUAGACAAUUUAAGAGUUUUAAUAAUAAAUAUAGUAGAAAGAAUAAUAAUUAUAAUAAAAGGAAAUUUUAUAUGAUUAAAAACUAAAAACAUUAGAGGCAAAAAUAAAUAAAGAAAAGGAGACAAAUAUUUAACACAUUUAGAUAGUAAUUGAUUAUAAUAUUAAUUAGACAUCUUAAUUAUAAGAAGAAAACAAAAAAUUAAAAUAGGAACUUGAAAAAUUAAUAGAUACAAAUUAUUAAGUUAAUAGAAUACAUGCAGAAAAACAAUAAAAUAUGUUAUUGAUUUCAGUAAUAGAAUGUUUGAAUGAAAAAGUUAAUUAAUUUCAUAGUUAAUAAAAAGAGUAUUUAAAAAGCGAUAAGAAAAUUUAACCAUAAAUUUUAACAAAAAAUUCAAUAUCUUUAUGGAGUGCUAAAUAAUGA